AUGAGGAGCCGGAGUAACUCGGGAGUCCGGCUGGACGGCUACGCUCGGCUGGUACAUCAGACCAUCCUGUGCCAUCAGAAUCCAGUGACUGGCUUGCUUCCAGCCAGCUAUGAUCAGAAAGAUGCCUGGGUCCGAGAUAACGUGUACAGCAUCUUGGCUGUGUGGGGUUUGGGCCUGGCCUAUCGGAAGAAUGCAGACCGGGAUGAGGAUAAGGCAAAGGCCUAUGAACUGGAGCAGGUACUCAGAAUAAAAAUACAAAGAGAUCUAGAGCUGUGUGUGGUGGAUAAAGUAGAAUCCUUCAAAUAUAGUCAGAGUACUAAGGAUAGCCUCCAUGCCAAGUACAACACCAAAACUUGUGCCACUGUAGUGGGUGAUGACCAGUGGGGACACCUGCAAUUGGAUGCUACCUCGGUGUAUCUGCUCUUCUUAGCUCAAAUGACUGCCUCAGGACUCCAUAUCAUCCACAGCCUAGACGAGGUCAAUUUUAUACAGAACCUUGUGUUUUAUAUUGAAGCGGCAUAUAAAACUGCUGACUUCGGGAUCUGGGAACGUGGAGACAAGACCAACCAAGGGAUCUCAGAAUUGAAUGCCAGUUCAGUUGGAAUGGCAAAGGCAGCCCUAGAAGCAUUAGAUGAACUGGACCUAUUUGGUGUGAAAGGUGGGCCCCAAUCAGUUAUCCACGUUCUGGCUGAUGAAGUGCAACACUGCCAGUCUAUCCUUAAUUCACUACUGCCCCGUGCUUCAACAUCCAAAGAGGUUGAUGCUAGUCUACUUUCAGUGGUUUCCUUCCCAGCCUUUGCAGUAGAAGAUAGCCAGUUGGUGGAGCUCACAAAACAGGAAAUCAUCACCAAGCUUCAGGGUCGUUAUGGUUGCUGUCGCUUUUUAAGAGAUGGAUAUAAAACUCCUAAAGAGGAUCCCAAUCGUCUGUACUAUGAACCAGCUGAACUGAAGCUAUUUGAAAACAUUGAGUGUGAAUGGCCAUUGUUCUGGACAUACUUUAUCCUCGAUGGGGUCUUCAGUGGCAAUGCAGAACAGGUUCAAGAGUAUAGAGAGGCUCUGGAAGCUGUCCUCAUCAAGGGCAAAAAUGGAGUGCCACUUCUGCCAGAGCUGUACAGUGUUCCUCCCGACAGGGUUGAUGAAGAAUAUCAAAAUCCUCACACUGUGGACCGAGUCCCCAUGGGGAAGUUGCCUCAUAUGUGGGGUCAGUCUCUAUACAUUUUAGGAAGCUUGAUGGCAGAGGGAUUUUUAGCUCCUGGAGAAAUUGAUCCCCUGAAUCGUAGGUUUUCUACUGUACCAAAGCCAGAUGUUGUGGUUCAAGUCUCCAUUCUAGCUGAAACAGAAGAAAUAAAGGCCAUUUUGAAGGACAAGGGAAUUGAUGUGGAGACCAUUGCUGAGGUAUACCCCAUCAGAGUACAACCAGCUCGUAUUCUCAGUAACAUUUAUUCCAGCCUAGGAUGCAAUAGUAGAAUGAAACUCAGCGGACGGCCCUACAGACACAUGGGAGUGCUUGGAACUUCAAAACUGUAUGACAUUCGGAAAACUAUCUUUACUUUCACUCCACAGAUUGUUUUAAAAUUCUUUUCAUUUCAAGAUGAAGAUGGGACCAGCUUGAAUUCAAGUAUCCUGGCAGCACUCCGAAAAAUGCAGGAUGGCUAUUUUGGUGGGGCAAGGGUUCAAACAGGUAAAUUGUCAGAGUUUCUGACAACAUCUUGCUGUACACAUUUGAGCUUCAUGGACCCUGGACCUGAGGGUAAGCUGUACAGUGAAGAUUAUGAUGACAACUAUGAUGAGCUGGAAUCUGGCAAUUGGAUAAAUGACUGUGAUUCAACCUAUAAUGCUCACUGUGGUGAUGAAGUUGCUUGUUAUUUAGAUCACCUUUUGGUGCACACUGCUCCCCAUCCUAAACUAGCCCCUACCUCACAGAAGGGAGGGCUAGAUUGGUUCCGAGCUACUGUGCAAACAACCCGCGACUUAAUGUCCUUAGUGACCAAGGCCAAGGAGCUGCAUGUACGGAAUGUUCACAUGUAUCUUCCUAUGAAGUUAUUACAGGCUUCCCGGCCUUCAUUCAACUUACUUGACUCACCCCAUCCCCAACAGGAGGACCAGGUUCCCUCUGUUCGUGUGGAAAUACAUAUUCCUAGAGACCAGUCUGGGGAGGUGGACUUCAAAGCACUGGUUUUGCAGUUGAAGGAGACCUCAAGCUUACAGGAACAAGCUGAUAUCCUCUACAUGCUGUAUACUAUGAAAGGACCUGACUGGGACACUGAAUUGUAUGAUGAAGGGGGUGCUACAGUCAGAGAGCUUCUUACUGAACUAUACGGCAAAGUUGGAGAAAUUCGUCACUGGGGCCUGAUCCGAUACAUCUCUGGGAUCUUAAGGAAGAAAGUAGAAGCACUCGAUGAGGCCUGCACAGACCUUCUCUCCCACCAGAAACAUUUGACAGUUGGGCUCCCUCCAGAACCUCGAGAAAAGACUAUCUCUGCACCUCUGCCCUAUGAGGCACUUACUCAGCUGAUAGAUGAAGCCAGUGAAGGGGACAUGAGCAUUUCAAUCCUUACACAGGAAAUAAUGGUAUAUCUGGCCAUGUAUAUGCGAACCCAGCCUGGCCUCUUUGCUGAAAUGUUUCGACUUCGAAUUGGCCUGAUCAUACAAGUUAUGGCAACAGAACUAGCCCACUCCCUUCGAUGCUCAGCUGAGGAAGCCACAGAGGGCCUGAUGAAUCUCAGUCCUUCAGCCAUGAAGAAUCUCCUGCAUCACAUUCUCAGUGGCAAGGAGUUUGGAGUGGAACGAAGCGUUCGUCCCACUGAUUCGAACGUCAGUCCUGCUAUUUCUAUCCACGAGAUUGGUGCUGUUGGAGCAACCAAAACAGAACGAACUGGGAUCAUGCAGUUAAAAAGUGAGAUAAAGCAGGUGGAAUUUCAUAGACUGUCUAUCUCAGCUGAAAGCCAGUCCAAUGGUGGUCAUCCCCUGGGUAUAGAUUUGAUGUCACCGCCUUUUCUGUCACCUGGAACCUCUAUGACUCAAAGUAGUGGAUCCUUUCCUGGUACAUAUGAUCAUCAGUUAUCUAAAGAUAGUCGUCAAGGUCAAUGGCAACGCAGAAGGAGGCUGGAUGGAGCACUGAAUAGAGUCCCAGUUGGAUUUUAUCAAAAAGUAUGGAAAGUUUUGCAGAAGUGUCAUGGACUUUCUGUGGAAGGUUUUGUUCUUCCUUCUUCAACCACUAGAGAGAUGACUCCAGGAGAGAUUAAAUUCUCUGUUCAUGUGGAGUCUGUCCUGAAUCGUGUACCUCAGCCAGAGUACCGCCAGCUUCUGGUUGAAGCCAUCCUUGUUCUCACCAUGCUGGCAGAUAUUGAAAUUCAUAGCAUUGGAAGCAUCAUUGCCGUGGAAAAAAUAGUGCAUAUUGCCAAUGAAUUGUUCCUUCAAGAACAGCUCUUUUCUGGGCUGCCUUUGAUGUGGCUCUGA